UUGAUAAAGGUUGCAAAGGGAUCGCUGCGUUUGUGAUCGGCAGAGAGGAGCAGAACCAAGCGCCAACCGGGACCUGCCUUUCUGCACCACUGCGCUGCCUCCGGUGAAGAGUUUUUUAAAGGGUGUUUUGUGUGCGUGUUCUGUCUCGAUCUGAAUUGUUCGAGCCCUGGAGGUUUGAGAAAAUUGGUUAAAAGAAAAGCCCAGAGCGGGAAUGGCAAGAUGAGCUGUGCCAUGUUCUUCUUACUCGGCUUUAGCUUUUAACCCUUGUAGUGCUUUCCCGUGGAAAACCUCUCCAGGCCAGCUAGCACCAGGAACUGGAUGUAACAGCCGGGUCGCCGCUGCGGUCUAUUGUCGGGUGGUGUCUACUUGUGUGAGGGACGGUAUGAAUUACAGAGAAAUAAUGCAUUCAGUUGGCUGCAGUAACACUAGCUGCUGUCAGUCUGUGAAGGAGGUGAAUCUCGGUGCAGAAGAUGUGAGUAGUGAUGACCAAUUUGACUUGUGUUCUUCUCAACCGGACAAACUUUAUGGAAACAGCUACAAGCCAAUAAGCUGCAUUAAACAAGAGUCGCUGGAGGAACCGAAUUCACAAAUAGAUGUUGAAAUAAACGCAGAAGCCCAGGAUGAUAUGAAACGAAGGAAAAACAUUUUCCGAGCAGGGAAACGAGGAAGACCUUCAGGGACGACAAAAGCUGCUGGGUACAGAACCAGUACAGGCCGACCUUUGGGAACAACAAAGGCAGCUGGGUUUAAGACCAGCCCAGGCAGGCCCUUGGGCACAACCAAGGCAGCGGGAUACCGCGUCAGCCCAGGGAGACCGCCAGGUACCAUGAAAACUCUCUCCCACAUAUCAGGUUUCGAUUUCCCAUCAGGCAGUAGUGUUACUUUUAGCUAUUCAAUGGUCCAUAAAAAGCAUUACGUGGACCAUCCCACAAAUAGAAACACGGAGCUGAAUCAGUAAAACACCUGCUUUGUUUUUCUAUAAUCUAUUUGUUCCUUGACAAAGUAGGGUAACUUUUUAUACAACAUAUUGAUCUGCACACCCAUACUAUAUGAUUAUAACCAACUUGUUGUGGAACCUAGGCUCUAAAAUAGAACUAACUGCCUUUGGAAAAUUACACGUAUUAGUUACAAUAUCUCUUUGAUACCGGUUUUGCUGCAAACUACAGUAUCAUUUUGAAUGAUUUAUUCACUGGGGUCCAGUUUCAAACAUGAUUUCCACUUUACGAGAAGGCUGUACAUAUUUGAGUAGAAGGAAAGAUAAAGAGGGAAAGCUGGAUGUCCUGGGAUCUGCUGUAGUUCAAAGUAUAUAUAGUUCCACCUGAUUAAUUUUGGCCCUGUUGCAAUUAAUAAUUGCCAAGGCAACCAUACUGAAUUUUCCUUAUUUUAUAUACUUAGUUGUGGGAAAAAGAAUAUGAAUGAUUAUAAGAAGACCUGGUGCUUGCAGGUGUAACAAUGAUGGCAUUCAUGAGCUACUGGGGUUCCUUUGACUGGUGAAGUGCAAUUUUCAAUUAUUUUAAUUACGCUAUUUUUGCCUUUGGGAAAUUUGAGAAAGGGAUAGGGCAUUAGUCUCCACAAAGACUUGUCUUAAAGAAGUUCAGCUGAAAGCAGCAGUCAACUGAUGUAGACUGUCUUAUAAAGGUAAGCUUAUGAAUGAAGCGGCUAUGAAAGGUGUGCACAGCAGCACUUCAUGAAAAAUAAUUAUCACUGAGUUUAGUUAAUAUUCUGAAAUGAUGAUUAUCAACAUGGUAUAGAACUUUGUGUGACAACCCGUGCUUUACAAAAGCCUUGCUGGUAACCAUAAUCUUUAUUUCCCCGUGAUUACAAAAUGCUGCAAAUCACUCAGUCUGGCUUCCAAAGCAUUUUUAGGGGUACUGCUACAUAUACUGUAUUUUUGAUGUUCAGUCAAUCUAAUGUGAAUCCUGCAGGGGCUGAAGUUAGGUAUCACUUGAUCUGAUUCUCAACUUUUGUGAAUUAACUACUGGAAUAUCUUAAGAUUUACUUUUAAAGUAACAUAUUUGUUAAUAGAAGCCAGAUGUUUACUCUUGUUUCUUGUGAUACACUGCAGUAGGAUGGAGAUAAAUACCUGGUUAGUUAAAUGGAAUAACAGAUUUCUAAGGAUUUUGAUGCAGGAUUGAUCAAAGGAACAAAACCAGCUUUUCAGAAAGGUUGACUUUAUGUGCGUGGAAUUCAAUCCUUGGAUGAUCUCCCACAACUGAGGCAGAACACUGCAAAACAAAAAUAAUGCCUAAACUGUGAAAUUGUUGUAAAUGUCAUGUAAUAAGUUACAAAUUUUCACUUAGAAAUGCUACUCUUCUGUUAAAUUUUUAAUGUGGGCUCCAAUUUUAAUUUAGACACUCAGAAGCUUGAGAAAAGAGACAGAGUUGUGGUUAGACUGAAACCAGUUAUUCAUUGGCUCUGCCACUUUCACUCAAAUUUCACUAGUAGAAUGUUAAUGAAUAUUUUGUGACUUGCAUGCUUGUAAGACAAAAAAUAAUCAUUCACAUUUUACUCUGAAGGCCAUCUCCUUCAGUUGUGGUGGCUAUUACAAUCUCCAACAAGCUAACUGUAGUGUUGUUUGGCCUGGGACUUAUAAGGUGUCAGUUUUAAAAUUGUGACAACUAGUUAAUCAUUCAUUGGUAUUGCAUCAUAGUUAAUGUGUUUUGUAAAAUAAAAAACCUUACUUGCAUGGCACUCUGUGUCUGAAAUGCAUUUAAAAUCAAAUGCAAUGUAAUAUGAAGCCUAUUUUUGCAAAGCUAUACAAUAUUUCUCUAUUUCUCUCUAUUAGUAUUUAACAGGCAAAAGCAAGAUCGAAGAAAAACUCAACAGCCAGAGAGUUGAGCACUGUUCUUAACGCUUCUGCUUAAUCACAAUUGGACAUACAAAAGAUUUAAAAAAAGACAACUACACGAAUCGUUCCUAGAAAGGCAGGUUUUCCACAUUUAUUAAAUGUACUACUGUAAUGAUAACACUGGUUUCAUCAGAAGUAUUCCAUUGUAUAUGUAUGUCUUUAAGGUUUAAUUACAUAUUUGUAGCAUCCAUUGUGGCUGAAUGUCCUCACUAAUCCAACACUUGAGAUAUAAUCUACUUUCAAGAAUAUACCUCAGACUGUUUUUGCAUUGCCAGCAUUCCUAAACUGGACACUAGUUACCUGUUCCAUAAUAGAACCAUUUUUCUUUUCAGAAAUCCUUGCAGACAUGUUUUAAAUGGACUUAAAAGUGAAAUGUAUCCAAGACUGAUACAGUAAUAACUGCUUCAGAACUGUACAUGUGUGAUGCUUAGAGCAAUACCGCUGCUCAAUAUUUUAAGUUGGCAAGCAGAUCGUCUUUCAUAGAUGCUGCAUUUUAUGGAUUUAAUUCAUGUCUACCAGCAGAUACUGCUACAAGUCUUGGAGAUCACUACUCUUGAAGAAUCCUCAGCUGUAGGGUGCCUCUGUUCUGAACAUCUCUGUUACAUGUUGACAAAACUGCAUGCUUCAGAUUUGUUGCUACUUGUGAUGCCAUAUUGUACACACAAUUGCUGCAUCAAAAUGCUUGUAUGUAACGGACAAAGUUUGUACUAUGUAUGAUAAAACUUUUUUUUAGUAUUUUGUGCAUGUUAUUUUAGAUGGGAAAUUUACUCUGAAGGACCUUUGUUUAUGGUUUAGUGGGUAAACAGAUCAUAUAUUGUGGUUAUAGACUAGGACAUUGUCCAGAUUAGUCCUUGCUCUUUGCUGAGUUUCCUAAUUUCAGUCAUGGUAUGGACACGGUUGUGUUUCACUAUGAUAUUCUCAAUUGGUAAUUCUCCAGUUGACAAUUUAUCUAAGCAGGCUUUGAAUGUGGAAUAUGACUUAUGGAGGGAAUAUUUGAAGCAUGGUCACUUAGAAUAGUAGCAUUUUACACCAAAGAAAAUAGCUUGUUAUCCCUGUGCUGGAUCCCAGAUUAUUUUUUAAUAUCCUGACCGUGACCAUCACAUGCAGAAUUUUCUUUCCAGCGAGAGAAUCGCUAUUCUCUCACGGGCAACUGUAAUGUAUUUAGAAAUGCCCAUUAUGAACAAAAAUAAGAAAAAUCUGUGGAGCAUAAAUUCUAAUAUCGUUAUGUGUGGAACAGGUCAAAAUUUAGAAAAUUUCUGAAUCAUUUCCCUUAUUUUCUAGAGAACCUGAAAGGAUGUUUUGAAAUGUAUUGUUCCCCUAUUUUUACAUUGAUAGUCACUAAGCUACAGUAGUCAAUGGAUCUGAACCAUAUAGUGCAUGGAGGGGCCUGGUUUUAUUACUCUCUCCUCCAUCUCCAUGCAGUAAAAUUACAUCCCAGUAAUAGCUUGGUUUUGAGGUAAGCAAAGGACACUGAGGGGUAAAAUUUCUGAAGCUGUUGUCCACCACUGGCUCUGCUUAUCUCUACAAAUCCUGUGCACUCGGUGACCAGUUUUCUCGUGUGCAGUUUCUCACCAUAUCAUUCACUAAUUGGUUGAAAUUAUUUCCUGUCCUCUUACCAGAAGUUUAGGUUCUGAUGUUCUGGGCAUCAUAUCCUGCCUUCAAAAUUCAUUUUGGGAAUACCUAUGUGUUGUGAUUUGUCAGGGAUUGUAGCAAGACUUUUGUUGCACAUGUAAAAGGAAAAUAAUAUAUCUUCUUGUUUUCUCAAUGAUAGGGAAACCUUUGUCACAAGGGAAAGUUGCUUUGGCAAAUACAUUUUUGGUCAAAGUGGAAACCUUAUCGGUUACUGGACUGUGUGCACAAUGUUUUUUUUUCCUGGAGUGACAACAUUUGAAAAGAAACGGAGAGAAAUGUUGUUCCACCAAUCGUUUUUCUGUACGAGUAUAAAAGUUCAUAUCUGCCGGAACUAAUACUGAUAGAAAGUCAAUUUAUUUUAAAAUUUAUUUUGUUAUGCAAUAUUAUUUAAAAAUAUUAGUUUGCCUUACUGUAUAUAAAAGUGAAAAUACUUACUGUGUUUCUUCCCAAAGUUCUACUUUUCCUUGGUAAUUUACUUCUCUUCAGGAAAAUAGACAGCUAGUUAAUGCUACAGCUGUGGAUUCCAGUUAAUUGGGACACAUCGGGAGCUGUUGAUUUUGGCUCAUUUAAGCAGCUGCCCAAGUUAGCUGGUUUCAUGGAAAAGGUAUAAAAAAGACAAACUACCAUUUAACUGAGUCACAGAUUAUGUAUUUAAACGAAAUACAGAACAAACUAGAACACUUUGUAUUAGUUCCUAAUAGUUGUGUGCUGCCAUGUUCUUUUAAUUGACUGCAAGUGAACAAAAUCAGCGCCGAUACCUAGUGCAGAAUAAUGGACAGCCUUCAUGCAAUGAUAUCGACGAUUGCAUCCUCCAAAUCUUCAUUUUCAUUGCAACAUUCAAGAUGAUUGUUGAUACCUUCAAAUUCUUUGUAGUGCCUAACUUGUUGAAGCAGUAAAAUUGUUUAAUUUUCACUCGCAGCUGUUUCUAGAAUUUCCAAGCCUCCAUGCUUGAAACCACAGUGAGCAAACAGUUCUAAAUUAUCUUACUGCUUACUUCUCGCCAACUAUCAGUGACAAAAAUUACUGCUUUAUGAACACAAAAACACACAAAUGAUGCUACUUAAAAAUGGUCGCUUUAAGCGCGGUGUAGUGUCUGACAACGACAUAAGUGCAUGUGACUGAUGCUAGUUAGAAACUUUUCGGCAAGUCUCCUGUCCCAAUUGAAUGACAUAGUGUUCCAUAUAAACAAAGGGAAUCCCAUUUAUUUUCUCGAUCCAUUUUUGUCCCAAAUACAUAGCUGUCCCCAUUAAUCAUAGCCCAAUUAACUGGAAUCUACUGUACUUACAUUUACUGCUGAUUGCAAGAGUUCAGUUUCUUCUCUUUUCAGAUGUGGAACCCUGCUUCUGAUUGUUGGGGGUUCCAAUAGCAGUUACUAAUGCAGACCAACAAGUGAUAUCUUGUGAAGAAUGUUCUUAAAUGUUGAAAUGCACCAAGGUAUUGCAGCAAAUUGACAAGAAUUCCUUGUCCCUGCAGAGGCUUUCAACAGCAGAAAAACACCUUGCUUCCUUGUUUUCAUGGAUGAUAUAUAAAUGUUAUAGCAUUAGGAAUUUUUUGAUUAUAUGAUAGAACUUACUUUUCUAUUACUGUUCUUGGAUGAGAAACUGGUGAAACAGCAGUUAUUGUAGUCAAGUUUUUGGUUAGUUCUAAAGUGAUCUACUUAGGAAAUUGCUCUUUGUGCUUUAGGUCAAAAUAUAUUUUUUUAGGCUUUUUGAUCUAAAAUUAGUUCUGAUUAAACAUUAUUGGUUUUCAACUCAAGAAUUAAUGGUCUCUGCAUAACAGAGAAAGCUGUAUUUUUAUUUUUAUCCCCCUCACUCGAAUCUUUAAAUAAAGGACUGUAUUAAAAUCAGAAGUGGUACAUUACAGUUUUUCAUUCAAAUAUAGUCUUUUUAAAGAAUUUUAAGUUACAUUCUUAUAGUAUGCUACUAAUUAUUUUUGUAGGUAAUCCAUUGCUUUCUCCUCCUUCAUCCAUACACAAAUAAAAUUAUACAAAAACUUGUAUUUCAGUUCUCACAUCACUGUUUAUCUUUCAGGUGCAUUCUGCCAUUUCUGAUACUGCGUUAAUGUGAGGGGAAAAAAAUCACAUUAAAAAAAUUGGUUCACUUGUUAACAAAUGGAGUGCAUGGUUCUUUUUCAAAGUGAUGCUGACUCUGCAUCUGUGGGAAGUUGCCAGCUUAAACCUGGCACUUUAGAGGUGAGGAGGGCACAGUGGAGGUGUAGUCAUGUAUGUUUGCUUUAGUGACAGUUAUGAUAAUGAAAACCUUUAUCAACAAAUAUCUCAGAUCAUCUGUCCAUCCAAAGCUCUCAGAUCAUAUCAGGAAAUACAGAAAUGUCUGUCUUAACUUUCUUUUAUCUGCAGUUUAAAUUGUUUAUUCUCCCAUAUUGUAUGGCUAUUAUUUAUAUGGAUUUUUACUGACCUCCUGAUAUGAAGUGACUUAAUUCUUUUUCUUCUAACUCAGUUGAGAAUUUGCAACUUCAAGAAUUCUGAAACUGAAUCAAUAUGCAAAACAUUGGCUUAUUUAUUCCUAAAUGUAAAGAUGUGUAGAAAUUAUUUACAAGUUUUAAUAUAUUUAAAAUAUAUUUUACUUUCUAAAUUCACUGACUGCUUAUUGUAUUUUUGUCAUAAUUCAAGAUUUGUCUCAUUCUUCAAAUCCCUUUUUAUAUACUUGUUCCACUGCACAUAAAUAUUUUCCUGCCUUUUUCGGUGGCAAUAACAAAAUAGGAUGAAAGUAUAGUCUACCAGCUGUAGCAAUUCUUGAUAUAAGUUGUAUUUAUGAUGGAGCACAAUAUUUACAUGUUAUUCUUCUUGAAUAAUAUUGAACUUUUUGCAUCUUUUUAAUUGGGUCAUACACAGAUCUAAAUAAAUUGCUUCUGGAGUUUUCUCUGAUAUGAUUUUGCAUUCCUGUGCUUUUAUGAACCUCCAUAUCUAAAGAAAGAUGCAAUUUCACAGGAGGAAAUUCACCAGAAUACUCUCUGAUAGGACUGGUUGUCCUAUUACGCAAUGUUAAACAGGAUGACACUCACCAGAGUUUAGGAGAAGAAGUGAUCUUACUGAAGCAUAUAAGGGGUUUGACUGAAAAAAAGUGGAAAAGAUAUUUCCUCUCACAGGAGACUCUAGAACCGAAAGGCAUUGUUUCAAAAUAGGGGGGAAUUCAUUUAGGACCUUAAUGAAAACUUUUUUUUGUCAGAAGGUUGUAAGUCGUUGCAACUCUUUUUCAUACAGGUAAGGGCAGUACCAUUUUGCAUAUUUUACGACUUAGUUUAGAUUCCUAAUAAGGAAUGGGUAAUGGCAAAAAAAUGGACUUGGGGAAUGUCUGAUCCUUUCUGAAUGGUAUUGCAGACUCGAGGCAAGAGUCUCCUACUUGUGGUCUGUGGCAGAAAAUAAUUGAGUCAUCCAUCACAGAGGGAAACCAUUGAGCCCAUAUGUGCCUGUAUCUGCUCACUGAAUUAGUUUCAAUUAAUCUUGCUCUUCUGUUCUAUCCCUGCCUUUUCUCAGGUUCAUUUUUGUUUACUCGGUCUUCCAAUCACCUACAUUCCUGCCAAUAGAAAGUUUCCUGAACUGUUUAAUCAAAGUCCCUAAAACAAUUGCUGUAUCGCAUUCAGAGCAGACUGUUAUGCCAUAAAAUAGGAUACUUAUCCUGCCACCAAAUAACACAGAAGUCCUUCUGGCUGUGUUAACAAUGCCCUUGAGGAAAUUACUUCUCAUGAUCAAUGCUAGUUGGAUGAGUCAACAGAAAGCUGAACAACCUUGGUGCAUUCUCUCAGGAGCCCUACGUAACUUAACUUCCCACCAUGUCAUGGAAAGUUUGCAAUUGUUCUAGAGCAAUUAUCAACCAGUUUUAAACAUAUCUUCAUGAUGUCAUUUGAGUCUCCUGGAUCAGCCAACAUCUUGAUUAAAUUAAGCCAUACUUUAUUUAGACAGAUUCAUUUGAGCAGAUACCACCAGCAACUGUAUACUCAGCGCAUUUCUCCUGACACUCAAACUGCCUGUGGUAGAUCUUCCUCUUUUUCCAGCCAUCUCAUUAGAAUCUUUCCUUUCUGGAUACCCAGACAACCUGGGGUACAAGCAAAAUAAAAACUAUAUACUUAGUAGAAGGUAGAAUGAUGUCAGCAUAGAGGACAAAAAUAAGAAAGCAAAUUUAUAGAAUACACUACACAUAUACAUUAUACUGCUGGGUCCUUUCCAUGAACUCCUAGUUACUGCUCUCUAGCAACCAUGAAACUCUUAAGCAAGUUUUCUUUAAGUUUAAUAUUCUAUUCAUGAAAAAUUCCUCCCUUGCCUCAUUAUUUUGUUUCAUUAUUCUUUAUUCAUAUUAUUUAUUAUUUUUCUGCUGUAUUGUCAUUAUACUAUCAAUUAAAUAGUUUGUUCUUGUUACUAUAAUCAGGCAGGAAGUACAGGAGCCUAUAGACCCAUGCUCAAUAUUUCAGGAACAGCUUCCUUCCCGCUGCCAGUAGAUUUUUGGAUAGUCCAUGAACACUAUCUAAUUAUUCUUCUUUGCCGCUAAUUAUUUAUUAGUCAUUUAUAGCAAUUUUUAUGUCUUGCACUGCACUGCACUGCUGCUGCAGAACAAUAAAAUUCACUGUGUAUAUAUGAAUGAUAAUAAACUUGGUUCUGGUUGUCCUUUAAGAUUCCCCCUUAAUAUCCUGAUGACGGGUCUCAGCCCAACAUGUCGACUGUUUACUCUUUUCCACAGAUGCUGUCUGGCCUGCUGAGUUCCUCCAGCAUUUUGUGUGUGUUGUUUAGAUUUCCCGCAUCUGCAGAUUUUCUUGUGUUCGCUAAUAUCUAGCUUGUCCCUCACUACGACCUUUUAUUAACCUGGUAUCAAAUUUUGUUUGGUAUUUUAUGAAAUAUCUUGUAAUGUUUUACUGUGUAAAUUCCAUUCUAUAAAUGUAUGUUAGAUUUUUUAGUUACACCAAUACACAGGAACCCAAUGAUCACAUCUGAGUAUAAAAUGAUUCUAGUUAAACGGAAUUAAGUAUCUGCCCAUUCCUCUUAGAGUAUAAAUGACAGCAGCUCACUUUUUGUUGCUUGUUCUUUGCUACUUUAAAUUUUAAAAAUGAAUAAAGCUGUUUAACAUAAGAUAUACAUGGAUUCAAAGCGGUGAAUGGAAGAGAGCAGGGCUUGACCUUGCUCGAUAGCUAGCUAUUGAUAGCCCAAAGAGAAGUGACAAAAAUAUUUCUCAUAAACCAUCACCACCUUCCCAAAGUUGUACAUUUCAUAUCCUCCAAUCCUGUUGUCACUUACAUGUAUGUUGGAGCCACACACAGCGCUGGCAGUACUCGGUGGAUGGAAAUGAACAGUUAACACUCUGGGUUGACAUUCAUCACCUGUACUAGAUUGUGGGGCGGGGGGGGGGUUCUCGAUCCAAAAUGUCUCCUGUCCAUUUCCCUCCAUUGAUGUUGCUCGAUUCACCCUGUUCCUCUGGCAUCCUGUAUGAUGCUUAAAUAUGCAAUCGGAUUUCCAGAUUUAAAUGUAACUUUGACUGUAACAUUUGCGUUUGAAGAUGUGGCAGAAGAUGAUAUGACUGAGUUUAUGGUGGCAAUUCAUUUGUGCAAAGAGCUUGAUAUUUGAGGCCUUUUUAAAGCAUUAAGUGGGAAACGAAUAAUGUACACAAUAUACCUGAUAGUUUACAUAAAACAAAACCUGGUGAUCAGACAGAGUUGUGUGGCAUCUGUUGCUUGUUUAUCAUCUAAUGGGAAAAUUGAUAUUCAGCUCCAGCUAGAUAUUAAAGGUUGUAUCUGAAACACUGUUUUUGACUUCAAGACAUAUCACUUUGUAUUCCCUAUUUUGUAAUUAGUUAUCAUAAAUGAAAUUUUAAAAAAUAAUGUUUUAUUUAAACAGCUUAUUGAAAUGUUUUGUGCAAUGUGAACAUUUUUACCUAUAUUGGUUUACUCUCCAUUGUACACUGAUUCACAGUUAAAUGGAUGAAUAAGUUGGGGUUUAGAUUUAUUAAAUAUAAUUUAUCAUUUAAUAGAAAUAGAUGUAUUUUGAUGUUAGUUAAGUAGAUUAUCUGUAAAAAGAUUAGAUUGUCAUUACCUACACAAUUUCUUACCCAGUUUCAUUCCUAAUUGUUUAUUUUCUAACCAUGAGUUAAAAAUUGAAGAUUUUGCUUUUCAGUGGUUUUCACCUUAGUAUAUGUCUACUUUGUAUGAUUAUACUUUAUUUUCUCUUAUUUGUGGACAUGUAAGAUGUUUAUUGAGUAUGUUUUAAUCAUUAAAAAUAAUUAUCCUCCUUAUCACAACCUAAUUAAAUUCUCAAUACACAGCAAAGAUUUAAUUGAGACUGUACAGAUUAUACCUCUUUAGUUUAGCCAUAGUUGACAAUAGCAGUGAAUUUGACACUGAAUAGACGAUGACAGUAGUUGAAAGCAAUGAAGAAUUUAAAGUGCAAAGUGAUGUAUUUUGAGAAGUAAAAGUGGGAGCAGGACCUAUACAGUAACGGGUCGGGCACUAAGGAAUGUUGGUGAAUAGAGACUGAAGAGUCCAAUUCCAUUGUUCCCUGAAAGUGGCAACACAAUUUGAUAGUGUGAGGGAGGCAUGUAACAUGCUUACCCUCGCAAGUUGGGGCAUGGAAUAUAGGAUGAAUUCAUUAUAGUUUCCAAAUUUAUUUUGUUUUUUCUGCUACUAAUAUUUGUUCAAAUCCGAAGUGUAUUUCUCCCAAUGUUUGUCACAGGAAAAAGUGUUUUGCAUGCUGGAGGGCAAUAACCUG